UGCGCAGUGGUAGGCUCCGUCGCCGCCCUCUCUUUCUCUCUUCCCCUUUGCGAGGCCCGGCUGCUGCUCCAGCUGCCGGUUCUACUCGGUCAACGGCGCUUGGAGAGGGGGGACCCGCUUCUCAUCCGCCAAGAGGACAGCCGCUGAAGAAUCAUAGUCUGCGCAGGGCUUGGAAGCUUCCGAUUCUUCGAGCAUGAUAAUAGACAUGUUCCUCAUAGCUGCCAUCAUUGGCCUCUUGACCUACUGGUUUUUCUUCCGCAAGAAAAAAGAGGAGGUCCCGGAUUUCGCCAAAAUCCAGCCAACAGUAACACAAUCAACCAAUGAGGGCAGCUUUAUUGAAAAAAUGAAAAAGACGGGAAGAAAUAUAGUGGUUUUCUACGGCUCCCAGACAGGGACCGCUGAAGAGUUUGCCAACCGCCUGGCCAAAGACGCCCAUCGGUACGGCAUGCGGGGCAUGUCUGCCGACCCGGAGGAGUACGACUUGUCUGACCUGAGUCGCCUCGCCGAGAUCGAGAAGGCGCUGGCCGUCUUCUGCAUGGCCACCUACGGGGAAGGAGACCCGACGGACAACGCCCAAGACUUCUACGACUGGCUGCAGGAGACAGACGCCAACCUCUCCGGCAUCAAAUUUGCAGUAUUUGGACUCGGGAAUAAAACAUACGAACAUUUCAACGCCAUGGGGAAAUACGUGGACAAGCGGCUGGAGGAGCUGGGCGCCCAGCGGAUUUUUGAGCUCGGCCUGGGAGACGACGAUGGGAACCUGGAAGAGGAUUUCAUCACAUGGCGGGAGCAGUUCUGGCCAGCGGUGUGUGAGCACUUCGGCGUGGAGGCCACAGGAGACGAAUCCAGCAUCCGUCAGUAUGAGCUGGUUAUCCUUGAAGACAUCAAUAUGAACAAGGUUUACACAGGAGAAAUGGGCCGUCUCAAGAGCUACGAGAGUCAGAAGCCGCCAUUUGAUGCCAAAAACCCCUUCUUGGCUCCAGUUUCUGUGAACCGGAAGCUAAAUCAAGGUGGAGACAGGCAUUUCAUGCACUUGGAGCUGGACAUCAAUGGUUCCAAAAUCCGGUAUGAAUCUGGAGACCACAUUGCUGUGUACGCAGCCAAUGAGACCUCAAUAGUGAACCAGCUGGGUGAAAUCCUCGGGGCAAAUCUGGAUACAGUCAUCUCCCUAAACAAUCUAGAUGAGGAGUCUAACAAGAAGCACCCGUUCCCUUGCCCCACCUCCUACCGCUCCGCUCUGACCUACUACUUGGACAUCACCAACCCGCCCCGCACCAAGCGUCCUCACGAGCUGGCCCAGUGGCAUUACACGGACCCCGAGCAGGAGAAAAUGCGCAAGAUGGCCUCCUCCUCCGCUGAAGGCAAGGCGCUGUACCUCAACUGGGUUGUCGAGGCCCGGAGGAACAUCCUGGCCAUCCUGCAAGACACUCCCUCGCUGCGCCCUCCCAUCGAUCACCUCUGUGAACUGCUGCCGCGCUUGCAGGCUCGCUACUACUCCAUCGCUUCAUCCUCCAAGGUGCAGUCAAACUCCAUUCACAUCUGUGCCGUAGUGGUGGAGUACGAAACCAAAACGGGCCGGGUGAACAAAGGCGUGGCCACCAACUGGUUGAAGAACAAGCAUCCCAAUGAGAACGGGCACAAGUCCACAGUGCCCAUGUAUGUCCGGAAAUCACAGUUCCGGCUGCCUUUCAAAUCCACCACUCCUGUCAUCAUGAUUGGGCCGGGGACCGGCAUCGCGCCCUUCGUUGGGUUCAUCCAGGAGCGAGGCUGGCUCAAGCAGCAAGGCAAGGAGGUGGGUGAAACCGUGCUCUACUAUGGAUGUCGGCAUGAGAACGAGGACUACCUCUAUAAAGACGAGCUGGCCAAGUUCCUCAAGGAGGGGGCCUUGACCGGUCUGCACGUGGCCUUCUCAAGAGACCAAGAACACAAGAUUUACGUUCAGCACUUGCUUAAGAAAAACAAGGAGAAUGUGUGGAAACUGAUCCACGAAGGAAACUGCCACAUAUACGUGUGUGGCGACGCCCGCAACAUGGCCCGGGACGUCCAGAACACCUUCUACGAGAUUGUGGCGGAAUACGGCAAGAUGGACCAGCAGCAGGCCGUGGACUAUGUCAAGAAACUGAUGACCAAAGGCCGCUAUUCCUUGGACAUCUGGAGUUAGGGGGUGGGGCAUGAGCGGGGUUGUCUGGGUGGAGGAAGAGCCACUGCGGGGAGGGCAGGGGGCGGGGCGGGGCGGGGGGGACUCGGCUGGCUGCCACUGUGAGACUGUGCCUUCCUCUCCUUUGCCUUCCUCCUCCACCUCCAAUGGUGGGUCAGAAUGUGGGGGGGCCGCAGGGCUGACCCUGAAGCCAAGCAAGACUAAGCCAGCUCCCCCAGAGCACCAGCGAACAUCAGCGGCUUUCUCCGUCUCUUGCGCGAGGACCGCUGCUGGGAGGCUCUCUGGGGGGAGGGAGGGUAAGGGACCCCCACGGAAUGGGCUGCCCCUUCUCUCUGCACUCGGCCAUCCUAUUGUCUCCUCUGCGCUGGGAAGCCACUCCUCCUCCUGGGGGAGCCGUGGAAACGGGGCUUGGAUGAUAACUGGAGCCCUUCCCAAUGGGCCUGGGAAUUGGGGGCAGUUCCCCAGACCCCCUUUUUUCAGCCACUUUCCAGAAGAGGCCGUUUCUAGGUUCCCAUUGUGUUGGGAAAGCAGGGAGGGAAAUGGCCAGUUAGAAUUAAUUUGGAGGAAGGGGGGUGGGGUUACAGAGAAUUGGGGUGCAGGUUAAUUCCAGAUCUCUAAAAUGGGUGAGUGCUUGGGAGGAAGGGGGCUUGCAAAAGAAACCAGGGGCUUGGCUUCAGCAGUAGUUUGGAGGAGGGCAUGAUCAAGGCGGUAGUGUUUUUUUGGGGAGGGGGCACUUCUUCCUCCCCUCUAUAUAGCUGCUAACACAGGUGGGAUCAGCUGCCACAGGUGGAACUCUGAACCCUCAUGUCUCCUAGAAAAAUCAGCCUGUUAACAGUUCUUUCUGCUGUGGCGUGGGCAAUAAAGUUGCCCCCCACUGGACCUAUCCUUUCGAGUACCUCAUUGGGACUCUGGGCUCCCAGCAGGGUCCAAAGAGCCCUGUUGGAUCAGACCAGUGGUCCAUCACCCAAUAUCCUGUUUCAUGAACGGUUGGAUGGGCAGUGCAGAGAGGCCUUCCUCUGGUAAAGCCUGGUGUUGGGGAUGGGGUAGACUGCCCCUGGCUGGGGAGAUUCCCCUUUCAGUCUGGCCUUGUUGCAUCGAAGACACAGCCUUGCGGAGCCGCUGGCUCACUUCUGAAUCCAUUCUUGAGCUGCAGAAUUUCCUAUCACAGCCUGGUCCAUGUUUGUUGCUGACCUGGAUGAAAUCCUCACCUACCUACGUUGCCUGCAGUGGUGACGCUGAAUCAUUGUGGCAUUUUGGCCUGGAUGAGGAGAGACCAGUGGCGGAGCUACAAGGGGACAGGGGGUGCGCAGCGCACCGAGCACAUGCCUGGGGGCGGAAAAUCCUCCUUUCUCUCGUGACCCCCCCCUUCCCCCUUCCCACACCUACCUUAAUU